AUGGAUACUGACGUCGUUUUACUUCCACCUGAAGCUCCUUUAACUUCAGAAACAGUUAAAUUUUUACUUCAAUCUGAUAAAGAAAAAUAUACGAUUAUUAGAAAUGAAACUUCUACUUUAACUGCAGAAUGGUGGAGGGCAUUUGGAUAUCCAUCAAAAUUAGGUGAAAAUGGUGAACAUCAACGAACUAAAGGAUUCAUUAGUUGCUUCAAAUUUUUCAACACAUUUAUUUAUAACAGUAGCAGUGGUACCGCACGUUUAAAUCAACAUGGAUUCAAGAAAAACUCGAAAUUAUCUGAUAAAGAAACUGAUAAUAUAAAACAUUUAUCUGCUCAAUGGAUUUGUCACGAUCUUCGUCCAUUUUCUACAAUAGAUGAUAUUGGAUUUCGCAAUCUUGCUCAAGAAUUAAUUCGUAUUGGUAUGUUUUUAUUUGAAUCGACAAGGAAAGGAUAUGAUCUUCUUUUAUAGGACACAAGUAACGCGGCCUAGUAGCCGCUAAACCCUCUACUGAAAGGAUAGUAUUAGAAAGCCACUAUUCAUCCAAAGAGAGAAAAAUGUUAUUUCAGUUGAACGAUCUGAUCAUUUGAUAAUUUGUCAGAAUGUUUUACUUAGACCAAUUUCGCUUCCUGAAAUCUUCUGAGGUUAUAACGCCUAGUCGUUUGUCGGCCUCUCUUCGGUCAACCACUCACCGCUAGCCGUUGGUACCUAAUAAGCGUUU